AUGUCAGAAUCAAGCGCUGCCUUUUCUUCCCCACAACUUCAAAGAAAACAAACACGAUCAUGUCUUUCAACAACCUUAUUACCUAUAGUUUUCCCAGUAGCCUUAGCUGCGGUUCUCUACCUACUCGAACCAUUCAAACCGGUUCACUUUCCAUCCAGGGAAUUACCUCGACGAACCGGAACAGCUCUAGCUGUCAACCCGCGCAUGCGGGUUGGUUCGGAAGUUCUAGUGGAAGGAAAAGUAGAUGGACCUGAAGACCUGGCUUAUGAUAAGAGGAACCGUCUCAUCUACACUGGUUGCAAGGACGGGUGGAUCAAGCGAAUCACGGUGAACAAAUCGGGGGCUGACUCGGUUGUUAAAAACUGGGUUAACACCGGUGGAAGACCACUUGGACUUGCUUGGGAAAAAACCGGUGAACUCAUAGUUGCUGACGCUGAUUUGGGGCUAUUGAGAGUGACAGAAAACGGAAAGAAACCCAAGGUUGAAGUUCUGGCUAAUGAACAUGAAGGAUUGAAAUUCAAUUUAACAGAUGGAGUUGACGUAGGUGAAGAUGGAACAAUUUAUUUUACAGACGCUACAUACAAAUACAGUUUGAAGGAUUUCAUUUUUGAUAUUGCGGAAGGUAAACCUCAUGGGAGAUUCAUGAGCUAUAAUCCAGCAACAAAAAAAGUGGAAUUGCUUGCACGUAAUCUCUACUUUGCUAAUGGAGUUGCUGUUGCACCAGAUCAAAAAUUUGUUGUCUACUGUGAGACUAUUUUGAAAAGGUGCAGAAAAAUAUACCUUCGAGGUCCCAAAAAAGGAAGAAUAGGCGAAUUUUGUCCUGAUCUUCCCGGCAUGCCAGAUAAUAUUCAUUAUGUUGGACAAGGCCAAUAUUUUAUUGGAAUGGUUACGUCGAUAAGUACUCCUCAAUGCUAUUUAUUAUUAAGAUAUCCUUUCAUACGGAAAACUGCAGCAAUUGUUAGCAAGUAUUUUACAAGGCCAAAACUAGAGAUGCGUGGAGGAGUUAUGGUCGUAGAUUUGGCAGGAAAACUAACAAAUCAUUAUUAUGAUCCUCAAUUAUCACUGAUUUCAAGUGGGAUUAAAGUUGAUAAUUAUAUAUAUUGUGGCUCCAUGUCUUAUCCAUUUUUACUACGUCUAGAUGUGGUAAAGUAUCCUGCAAUUCCCGCAGCAUGA